CAUGAAAUGUUCCAUAACUUGUUUUCUAUACUUAUUGUUUAUUGUAGUUUAUUAUAUUUCUAAAUGUCAUUCCAUAGUCCCUAAAGCUUAUAAACAUCAUAAGACAGGAAUUUAUCAUAAUCUUGUUGAAGUGUUGACGUACAAUCAUUCAUACAAAAGCUGUUAUAUUUUAACGGAAGCAUUAAAACGUUUUGAAGAACGUCUCACAUUAAUAAAACAAUAUCCUAAAGUUCCUAUUUGUUUACCAAAUUCUACAAUCGAUACCAUCAAAAUAUCAAUCACUAGGGGAUGUAACGAGUCAAAUGGUGAAUUAUGGCCUUCUGAAUCAAUCAUUGAGACGUAUUCACUUUUUAUUUUCAGUAAGAGAAUAAUCUUAAAAUCCGAAGAAAUCUGGGGAAUAUUACAUGGAUUAGAAACAAUACUUCAGUUAAUUUAUAGAAGUCCACUAGAGACAAACAUGAUUGAAGGUGGUCUAAUUUGGGAUGAACCAUCAUUUCCCCAUAGAGGAUUUUUAAUUGAUACAUCUAGACAUUAUUUAUCAUUGAAAGAGAUUGAGAAAUUCCUUGGAGCAUUUCACCCGUAUCUUUUAAUCUAUACGCCGAACGAUGUGAAAUAUUUAUUAAAUUAUGCUCGUUUACUAGGAAUAAGAAUAAUGCCAGAAUUUGAUACACCAGAUCAUGCAAAUUCUUGAGGGAAAGGGUAUCCAGAGAUUUUAACCAAAUGUUACAUUAAGUGUGAACCGGAUGGUAAUCUGGGUCCAAUCAAUCCAAUCAAUAAUAUCUCUUAUAUCUUUGUGUCACAAUUAUACAAAGAAUUGUUUAGUGUAUUUCCUGAUAACUGGUUUCAUUUAGGUGGGCAUGAAGUUGAAUAUAAUUGCUGGCGUUCCAAUCCUUCAAUUAUUGAAUUUAUGAAAAAAAAAGAAAUUUGAUGAUGAUUAUCACCGCCUGGAAGGCUAUGACAUAAAUAAUUUAAUUCAAAUUAUCAAUGAUGUCAAACCACCUGAACGAAAUAUCACUCCAAUUGUGUGGCAAGAAAUAUUUGAAAAUGGAUUUAGAGUGAGUACAUCAUACUUUAUGAUUUAUAUAAAAAGUAAAUCUAAACUAAUGAUUAUUAGAUAAUGAGUUACCUUCUGUACAAAUCACACUUGAAUAAGGUACAUGACAUUACGUCCUUUAAUUCAGAUAAUAUUUCAAUCAGCUGAAGAUAUUCCGCUUUUGCAAUGACAUUUGAUCAAGAUUCUUUGUUCUGAAUAACAAAGAAGGGCAAUAGAUUCCCUAAGGUGGUGCUUGUAGGUAGCCAACAAGAGAGCUUGGGCCUAGGUUUUGUAUUAUUUGGCACUCGUCAGGAAAACGUACCUGUAAUCUUAAGGAAGCAUAUGUUCCCUGACGAAUACGACCUGUAUCACCCAGCAUCAUAGUCAGUGAC